UGCGGAACCAGUAAACUCUUGGUUUUUACCGUAGCUAUGGGUUUGUUUGCGUUUAUUGCAAUACUGCUGGCUGUCAUCUACGGAGGAUUUUCCGUCGACAUCCAAUGUCCAGAGGAAGGAUGUGGGAACCUGACCAUCUACCUCGGGCCUAACAGGGACUCCAAGAUCGUUAUCCUCACUCGCAGUGAAGGCAAUCCAGAACAUUCGAAUGAACACCCAUCUCGACCACUCCCCACGAACACUCCUGUACCUACCACUAGCAAAAUUCCGAGGAUCUUUAAAUUGAAUCAAAGUUUCUUUAAGACUACCUCGCGAUAUUUUAGGUCUUAUACAACUACCUCGAAGCCUUUAUUUCGUAACUCAACUUUCAGGUCGACCAUCUCUCAAAGUGACCAAAGGCUUCUGGAUUUGAGCUAUAAAGAUAUCACAGGUGAAGACCUAGCAGGUCUGCUUUCGCGAUUGACUGAGACUGCCCAAGCCAAUAUCCGGUAUUUGUACCUGAGCCAUAACCGGAUUAGCGAUCUUCCGGUCUUCACGUUCAUCAGGGCGAGACUCCAGCUGACGGUGCUACGUAUAGAUAAUAAUCACCUUGGGCAAUCUUACACCACCUUCUCCGAAAUAUUUAACCUGCAUACCCUCAGGGAACUGAAUAUGUCACGGUGUGGCCUCACGUCCUUGGAAUGCCUGUACAAUCCUUCGCUGGAGGUGCUGGACCUGAGCUACAAUCGCCUCCAGAGUAUCCCAACCUACCUGGAUAGACUGCCCAACCUCAACCGCCUGAUCCUGGACGGCAACCAGAUCCAGUUCCUUCACUACUUCCCGCAUAGUUCCAACCUGCAACAUCUCUACCUUUCUAACAACAAUCUGUCGUAUAUCAGCAACAACACCUUCCAGUCUUUCAGGGGUUGGUUUCAGUUGAGAGUCAACAACAACUCGUUGGAGGAUGCCAGUUUGAUUCAUGUAAACCGAUUUUUCGUACUGUAUCUUGGCGGUAACCCCUGGCAGUGUAGCUGUUCUCUACUAGACAUGAUGUCUUCCGCAGUCGACUCAGACAGCGUGACUUGUCUAUUGCCCGAGUAUGCAUCUCCACGCCUAGUAAAACUCAUAGACAGUAAGGACUUGGGAUGCAAAGAGCAGACCUUUUGGGAUUGGGUCCAAGGUCGUGCUGAAGGACUCGAGGAUGUGGAAAACUGGUUUCUGCGCCGCGGAGUCCACGCUUACCACACCCUGCUUAUGCUGCUGAUGGUCGGAUCCACGGUGGUCGUCUUGGCCUUCGUGAUCCGGGGCCAGAGGCAGAGAACUAGGACUGUGCCAUCACCGGUAGAAGUCCCUUAUACCAUAAUUGGUGACAAGGACAUCUUUGUGUAGAAUCGUGUAUUCAUUUGUUGAUCACUACAGGGUGCAUUAUGAAAGUAAUCCACUUAUUCUAAGAAAAAUAGAUUUAUUAAUCAAAUUGUUACUCAAGUUAAUGAAUCCAUUUCAGA